AUGGAGAGAUAAGCCUGUUGAAAAAAUAUCAAUUUGUGAUAGUUGUAAGUUUUUCCUUCUGUGUGGGAUUAGUUACUAUAUCGCGGUUUGUCGUGGGGGGCGAGGAAAGGCGAAGAAGACACUGCGUUUAACUUGUCGCACGUGGUUUCCGAGGGAAGACUGAGUUCUCGUCGAGGGAUCCGUUUUGAAAAUGUGGCAAUUGGUACGCGUAACCACGCCUCCAGGAGGUCGUCCGGUGGUGUUCAUUCUGUGGAUUGGGCCGAGUGGAUUCCUCCCAUUUCCAGGGGUGGUCGGGGCCCGCCGCUCCCCUCGGGAUCAGAGGAUGCGUAGAACUGAGACCCUGGCUCCGCCUCGUUUCGCCUCUCUCGAAAACAAGACUCAGUUUACCGAAAGCCUAGCGCUCGCUCCAAUAUCAACGUCUAAAAAUUUCCUCUCUCAAAGAAAUACAGACAAAUUUAUAAUGAAACUGGCGCGUAAAAUGCGAAAAUACCCAUUGAGACAAAACCAGAGUGUGAAGCAAGAGGAAGAGAGCGAGGAGAAAGGGGGGGAAGAUAAAGAAGGGGAAGAAAAAGAGGGUAAAAAACAAGAAGAGCCUGAAGAACCCGCCGAAACGGGGAAAGCAGAGAUGAGGCGAUUGCCACCACACGGCAAAGAAAAGUGUGGUUCUCCCCGAGUCACCUUGCGGCUCCAUCAGCUCAAAGAGAAAAAGGACAAAGGGAAAGGGGCCGGCCAAAUGUCAUCGGAGGAUUUCAACAGUGGUGCGAUGGAUAGUGGUGGGAAGGCUGGUCAACAGGUGGCUGAGGAUCAGCCCGCUGGCUGCAAAGAGGCUGCGAGCGAGGAGGCUGGAAAUGUUGAUAAGGAGAACAACGUGGAAACGUCCGGUGGUAACGAGACGGCAUCGCCCGCAGAGCCUGGUACGCUCAAGAGAACCCAUUCCACGGAUGAAGAUGACGACGGAAAGAAGAAACGACGAAAGGAAGAAAGCUCGAGAGGAAAAAGUGGGAGUAAUAGUGGUGGUAGCCCCAAGUCUGUUCCUGGUGUCGAGAGUGAAGGGGAGGAUGCAAAGAGUGUAGAGUCUCCAGGGCCAAAGGUGCCCCCAUUGAAAAUUGUCAUAAGCAGCGGCUCUUUGGAAGAGACAGGUGCUGGGGGAAGGAAUGGCAAAGCCGGCUCUGGGAGGCACCAUCUUCCCUAUGUGGUGGCAACAUCGACAGAAAGCGAAGGUGCUUCGCCGCCCGCCGCUCCUGAAGACACCGAGAGGGGUGGAUCAGCGGGGAGUGGAGAAGAAACUCCUAACACCCAGACUACCCCGUCUACCACUGGGACAGCUUCAUCAACCCGUGGAGCUCAUCAAAGGGUCCUAAGGUCUCACCGAGUGAAGAAAAACUCAAAUUCAGAAUCCGGGCGUUCAAGCAAAGAGAGUGCUGGAAACGGUGGUUCGGGCAAUUCUUCACCUGCAGGUGUUGAAGGUGGUUCUCCUGAGCAAGUCUCACCAGUACCUGCUACUUCAGAAGGUGCUGGGGAAUCAGAGGAGAAAAACAAUACAGGUCAGUCGGGUUCAAAUGCAGCCAAUUCAAAUCAAAAUUCUUGCGCUUCUGCUUCUGAAGAGCAGCCUCCUGCAUCUCAGCCACCACCGCCUCAAGUCACGCCACAGGAACUUCAUCCAAGGAAAAGGAAAAUUAGGCCAAAGGAAAACAAUUCUAACACCUCGAAUACUUCUAAUAAUAACUCAACAAAUAAUAACAAUUCUAACUGUGGAUCAGGAUCUGGCAGUGAAGGAAAUAAUAAUAGUUCGACAAGUGAUAGUACAGUUUUCCACCAUGACCAAAUUAGCAAUAGUUAUGAACUCUUUCUUAACAUUAGAAAACAGAUUGAUAGGAAAAGAAAAGGUCUUUUCCCAGUUCAGCCAAAGCCACCACAGGGAUUCAAAGACUAUUUGAUGAACCGGUGUACAUACGUAUUAGCUAAUAAUGCAAACAACAGGGUCCCUCCACCUUCAGGAAAUCCUCCAGCUUCAUUGCCUCCUGGGAUCCGAGAUCUUUUCAUAACCCAGGAAAAAGAAAGGCACCGUCUACUUAUGCAGCAUGUAAUCGAAAAAGAAAAGCUCGUCUUAUCCGUAGAGCAAGAGAUACUGAGAGUUCAUGGACGAGCUGCGAGAGCAUUAGCAAACCAGUCACUUCCAUUUUCCGCUUGCACCAUUCUCCGGGACGAAGAAGUAUAUUCAGCAAUAACGCCAGAGCAAGAAGAAAAAGACCGCAACGCGAGAUCUCGCUACAAUGGCCGUCUGUUCCUUUCUUGGCUACAAGACGUAGACGACAAAUGGGAAAAAAUCAAAGAAAAUAUGCUCGUACGACAUCACAACGAGGCCAAUUCACUCCUUGCAAUUCAAAAAAUGGAUUGGGAAUGGAAAAUGAAAGAGAUAGGAAUGUGUGAACUUAAAGCUACACCAGUAAUAGACGAAACCCACGUCCCUUUGGUGCAUGUCAGUGAUGACUUUGAUCUUUUACCUGCUUAGGCAAUUUUAAUGGCCAAUGAUGUGCCAAGCGUAUUAGAUAGUUCAAAAGAAAGCUUGGGAAAAGUAUAUAUAAAUAAUGUAUAUAUUUUAUGAAGCUUAUAUUAAGCACAUUAGACUGAAUUUAUGUAAAUAACAUGGUAAUAAUAAGUGUAAUUUA